ACUUUAGAUUAGUAUCGUUAGAUGGCGACACGAACUGGUAUAUCGACUUUAAAAUGCACUUUUUUCAUUUUGUGUUAACCAAAUAGUGACAAUUACCGACUUCAAAUAGUGUGGGGUCUUAGUUUUAAAAAUUUCGGUAUUUAAUACAAAAAUAUGAGCAGUAUUUUGAAACUUCAAGCAUCGUGCUUGAAAAAUGUAAUAACUUCUUCCUCUACAAAGCUGAAUUCAUUAGUAAGACCUUUGGUUGCAUCCAGAGAUCUUCAUAUACAAGUAGAUAGGAAAAAUGCUUCUACAACUGACAAUGUAUCUAAAGUAUAUCCAAUAAUUGAUCACACAUAUGAUGCGGUCGUUGUUGGAGCAGGAGGUGCAGGUCUUAGGGCCGCUUAUGGCCUUGUACAAGAAGGUUUUAAAACAGCUGUUGUCACAAAAUUGUUCCCAACAAGAUCUCACACAGUGGCGGCACAAGGUGGGAUAAAUGCCGCUCUCGGUAACAUGGAGGAAGAUAAUUGGCAAUGGCACAUGUAUGAUACUGUAAAAGGUUCAGAUUGGUUGGGAGACCAAGAUGCUAUUCAUUACAUGACACGAGAAGCCCCAAAGGCUGUUAUAGAAUUAGAAAAUGCCGGUAUGCCAUUUUCUAGAACUCAAGAGGGGAAAAUUUAUCAAAGAGCCUUCGGAGGACAGUCUUUGAAAUUUGGGAAAGGAGGUCAAGCUCACAGGUGCUGUUGUGUAGCCGAUAGAACUGGUCAUAGUUUACUACACACUUUAUAUGGUCAAAGUUUACGAUUCGACUGUAACUAUUUUGUGGAAUAUUUCGCUUUAGAUUUGAUAAUGGAAGAUGGAGAAUGUCGAGGUAUUACCGCUUUGUGUCUAGAAGACGGUUCCCUACACAGGUUUAAAGCUAAAAAUACUAUUUUAGCUACAGGUGGAUACGGCCGUGCUUACUUUUCUUGUACUUCAGCUCAUACUUGUACGGGAGAUGGUAAUGCUAUGGUAGCUAGAGCAGGUUUACCUUCACAAGAUCUCGAAUUUGUCCAGUUUCAUCCUACCGGUAUUUAUGGGGCUGGUUGUCUCAUGACAGAAGGUUGUAGGGGUGAAGGUGGUUAUCUUAUCAAUUCACAAGGAGAACGUUUUAUGGAACGCUAUGCACCAGUAGCCAAAGAUUUGGCUUCGAGAGAUGUCGUUUCUAGAAGUAUGACAAUAGAAAUCCGUGAAGGUCGCGGUUGUGGUCCUGAAAAAGAUCACGUUUACCUUCAGCUACACCAUUUACCGGCCGAACAAUUAGCUCAAAGGUUACCUGGUAUAUCUGAAACCGCCAUGAUCUUUGCUGGCGUUGAUGUGACAAGAGAACCAAUUCCUGUAUUACCAACGGUACAUUAUAACAUGGGAGGUAUUCCUACUAACUACAAGGGUCAGGUGCUCACAAAUGUAAACGGUGAAGAUAAAAUCGUUUCUGGACUUUACGCUUGCGGAGAAGCGGCUUCUUCAUCUGUACACGGUGCUAAUAGACUUGGUGCCAACUCCUUGUUAGAUUUGGUAGUAUUCGGAAGAGCUUGUGCUCUCACCAUAGCCCAGGAAAACAAACCUGGUGAAAGUAUUGGUAACAUUAAAGAGAACGCAGGUGAAGCAUCAGUUGCUAAUUUAGAUUGGUGUAGAUUCGCCAACGGAGGUAUCAGUACUGCAGAUUUGCGAUUACAGAUGCAGAAAACUAUGCAGACACACGCUGCAGUCUUCAGAACCGAGGAAUCCCUUCAAGAAGGCGUACAAAAAAUGAUCGGUUUAUACGGAAAGUUAAAAGACCUCAAAGUAUCAGACAACAGUUUAAUUUGGAACUCAGAUUUGGUUGAAACAUUGGAAUUGCAAAAUUUGAUGUUAAACGCUAUGCAGACAAUCGUAGCUGCUGAAAAUAGAAAGGAAUCCAGAGGGGCUCAUGCUAGAGAAGACUACAAAGUACGUAUCGAUGAAUACGAUUACACCAAACCUUUGGAAACACAACAGAAGAAACCCAUAACGGAACAUUGGAGAAAACACACUUUAACCACCAUCGAUGAAAACAGUGGUAAAGUUAAAAUCGAUUACCGACCUGUUAUAGAUGAAACUUUAGAUAAAACCGAAUGCGCAACAGUACCACCAGCAAUCAGAUCUUAUUAAACAUAUUUAAGUCUUUAUUAAUUUGUUAAUCAGCAAUUAUUGGUAGUUGAAAUUAUGGAAAACCGAAAUGCUGUUUCGAAAAGGUGUAGACAAAUAUAUAUGUAUAGAGUUGAGAUAGAUUUUUAAAAAUAAUUAAUAUAUAAUCAGUUUUCAGUUGAAAAAGUAACUGGAUUUGAAAGAGGUUACACUGGUUUUAGUUUUAUUGUAAUUGUAGUAAAUAAAAACAAACUGCAUCUAUAAUAUCUUUGGUAGUAGAUUCAAAAUAAUUGUAGUGGAGCCAUAAUUUAUUUUUUUUUUGUUUAAAAAAUAAUCUUUUUGCUUAUAUCCAACUAUAUUUAAUAAAAAAUCAACUGCAUUUGGAAGCAGUUACGUUUACUUACAUUGACUUUGGUAGAAGAUUUAAAAAAAAAUGAUUUUUUACUUUUUCUUCCUAAAAAAGGGUCUUUUUGCCUAUUUCCAAAUAUAUUCCAAAGUUUUGACUGUUUCAUUAAUAAAAAAUUAACUGCGUUUGAAAUUGGUUACUAGUUAUCAGAUUUAUUCACAUUAUAGUAACUAAAAAUACUUGAUAUGUAAAUAAUCUUUAGUUGGAGACUUUGAAAAAUGACAGUGAUGUAUUAAUUCAUUAUUUCUUUCAAAAAAAGUAUAUUUUUUGCUUAAAUUCAAAUAAAUUUACAAAUUUUGACAAUUAUAUAACAACUACAUGUGAAAGUAAUUACCUAUCUUCAGUUCUAUAACAAUAACGAGCUGUAUCGAAAUCAUCUUCAGUUGAAAACUCAAAAGAAAAAAUAACCUUUUUCAAAAAUUUUUAGCCGUAUCUGGUUCUAUUUGUAUAACAAAGCAUCUUCAGUAUUAGAUUCAAAAAGAAUUGGGGAAAUUACAAAAUCUAUUAAUUUACUUUUGGAAAAAUUUUUUUUUGGUUUAAAUCCCAAAAAAUCUGCCAUUAUCUGAUAAAAAAAAUAACUACACUUAUAAAAACUUACCAGUUUUUAGUUCUAUUAUAUUCUGAGUACAAAACUGUAUCACAGUUGAAAUGAAAUUUCAAAACGCUUUCAUUUCUUCUAAAACAAGUAUUUUUUGCAUAAACUCAAAUGUAUUUCAGAGUUUAGACCAUUUUUUAGAAAAAAAACUUCAAUCAAAAGUGUUUAUCAUAUCUCCAGACAGUCUUCAAAUACAUUUUCAAAAAUAUUUUCUAUUUUCUCUUAAAUCCAAAUAAGUUUCGACUUUUGCCUUAUUUUGACACCUUCCAAUGCUGAAUUCUAUAUCGGAGUCUGCUUACAACCCAAAAAAAUGUGAAAAAAACCAGCAGAUUUUAUGUGUACCUGAUCUUCAAGUACAGUCUUUCAAUAAUCAGUAAGUUAGCCAUUUUAUAUAGUACAAAAAAUUGGUUCUGUUGUAGAUAUUCUUUCUGUUGAAUUCCAUAAUUUCAAUUUUUCUAAUUACUUUGUCCAAAGUACUUCUUUUAAAUGGAGGCUUGUACUUAAAAAUAAACGACACAAUUAUUUAAAAAUAAAUAAAGUAUUUUCUUCGUGUGAUAUAUUUGCCUUAUAUUCGAUUAUUUAUUUAUUUUUAUUAAAACCAGCAACUUUAAAGGAAUCUAUCGGUAAUUAAAGUUGGAAUUUAAUUUAAAUUCUUUCUAAAUAUUUCGAAUUUAACAGGGUAAAUACUGAUAAAUAAUCACAAAUUAAUUUUAUUUAAUGUAAUUUAAAAUCAAAUAAAAAUACAAUUUAAUAUAAAAAAAUAUUUUUUUUAAAUUUGAAACAGUAGUUUAAAUAAUUGAAUAUUGUUCUCAUGAUUCUAUUUGAGUUGGUUGCAAUAUAAAAAAUUCAAGUAUUUUUUAAUAUAAGAUGAAAAAAAUAUGUUAGUGUCUAAAAUAAAUGUAAAUAUAUUAUUUUCGAAAA